AUUCCGGUAUCUAUCUACAAGAGCCGAGCGAACACAUUCAGCUCCGGAGAAGCACAAACAGCUCCAAAUUCAACAUUAUAGCAACGCAAAACAGCAAACAUGAGCGACAGCGAGAAACUGGACAAGCAGCGGCUGAAGAACUUCAAGAAUAAAGGGCGCGAUCUGGAGACCAUGAGAAGACAGCGGACAGAAGUGGUGGUGGAACUCAGAAAGAACAAGCGAGACGAGCACCUGCUGAAGCGGAGGAACGUCCCACAUGAGGAUAUCUGUGACGAUUCUGACGCAGUUGGAGAUUUCAGAAGCCAAAACACUUCUCUUGAGGCGAUCGUGCAGAAUGCGACCAGUGAUAACCAGGGCAUUCAGCUCAGCGCGGUGCAGGCCGCCAGGAAGCUACUGUCGAGUGACCGCAACCCUCCCAUAGAUGACCUGAUCAAGUCUGGCAUUCUGCCCAUCCUGGUCCACUGCCUGGACAGAGAUGACAACCCGUCUCUGCAGUUUGAGGCAGCCUGGGCUCUGACCAACAUCGCGUCCGGGACGUCUGAGCAGACGCAGGCCGUGGUACAAUCUAAUGCGGUUCCCCUGUUCCUGCGGCUGCUGCAUUCUCCACAUCAGAACGUCUGUGAGCAGGCGGUUUGGGCGUUAGGAAACAUCAUCGGUGAUGGUCCUCAGUGCAGAGAUUACGUCAUCAGUCUGGGUGUGGUCAAACCACUCCUAUCCUUCAUCAGCCCCUCCAUACCCAUCACCUUCCUCCGUAACGUCACCUGGGUCAUGGUCAACCUGUGCCGCCACAAGGACCCUCCCCCGCCCAUGGAGACCAUCCAGGAGAUUCUCCCAGCGCUGUGUGUGCUGAUUCACCACACUGAUGUCAAUAUCCUUGUGGACACAGUCUGGGCGCUCUCCUAUCUCACCGACGCUGGCAAUGAGCAGAUCCAGAUGGUCAUCGAUUCUGGGAUUGUGCCAUACCUCGUACCAUUACUGAGCCACCAGGAGGUCAAAGUUCAGACGGCAGCGCUGCGAGCGGUGGGGAAUAUUGUGACGGGAACAGAUGAGCAGACUCAGGUGGUGCUCAACUGUGAUGCUUUGGGUCACUUCCCAGCCCUGCUCACACACCCUAAAGAGAAGAUCAACAAGGAGGCUGUGUGGUUCCUGUCCAACAUCACAGCAGGAAACCAGCAGCAGGUUCAGGCCGUCAUUGAUGCCAAUCUGGUGCCCAUGAUCAUUCUGCUGCUGGAUAAGGGAGAUUUUGGCACUCAGAAGGAAGCAGCGUGGGCCAUCAGCAACCUGACCAUCAGUGGCAGAAAGGAUCAGGUGGCGUACCUGAUCCAGCAGCAGGUGAUUCCUCCGUUCUGUAACCUGCUGACUGUGAAGGAUGCUCAGGUAGUGCAGGUGGUUCUGGACGGCCUCAGUAACAUUCUCAAGAUGGCCGACGAUGAAGCGGAGACUGUGGCCAACCUCAUCGAGGAGUGUGGAGGUUUGGAGAAAAUCGAGCAACUGCAGAACCAUGAGAACGAGGACAUCUACAAACUGGCUUACGAAAUAAUCGAUCAGUUCUUCUCAUCUGACGAUAUUGAUGAGGACUCCAACCUGGUCCCUGAAGCCAUCCAAGGGGGAACGUACAGCUUCAAUUCAUCCACCAACGUGCCAGCAGAAGGGUUCCAGUUCUAGACGCGAAGGGAAAUCCGGAGUUUUGUUUGUGAUGCAGCACUCUGUUCAACAUUAAAAAUAAUUAGAGAGAGAGAGAGAGAGCGCGAGAGAGUGUGAGAGAAAUUAGAUCCGUUGUGCUUGGCUGAUGGGAUCCAGCUGCAUCUAAUCCAAGAAGAAAUUGAGUGGAGUUCCUUUGGCCUUCUGAAGGGAGCGUCCCGGCGGCGUUUGAGACGGCUUUGAGUGGAUGCGAGCGAAUGCGAGUGAGUGGCUGACUACUACUACUUUUCAAAAACAAACUAAAAACACGACCAUCUCAAAAGAAAUAAAUAAAUACGAAUCAAACACGCUCGGAGAAGAAAACUUCACGAAAUACUACCCAGCGUGUCUUUUCAACACAAACCAAUGGGAAUAAUGAAGACAACAUUUAGGAAUCUGAGGUAAGAACGCUAAAGGAGAUCCUCACCAACAAAGAGACACGAACACACUCCUGCGGUCGCCUGUGUGUGUGUGUGUGUGUGUGUGUAAGUCUGUGUGAAUGAUGCUGUGCUGGAAAACAGACCCAGCCGACCAGAGCCCUCUCCCGCUGUCCAACGGCACGAGUGGACGUGAUGGGUGUGUGUGUAUGCGCGCUUGACUGACUGACGUGACUGGCUGUUGAAAUGCAGGACUGAAUGUAACGAACGCAGCGAGUCGACACGGGGGGGGAAAUCAACCGGAAGAUGACGACUAAUCUGGGGAAAUUCAGCAGCAAAUUGAGGAUUAGCCCGAAAGAGGAGGCUAAACGAAUUUGGAAACAAAUGUAAACACACUUCAGUUGAAAGACUGGACAUCAGUGAUCUCAAGAAGACAAUGUCAUGACUUUAAUUUCGUUUUAACCUUAUUUAGUGUUGAUGACACUGGACUGAGCGUCGAGGAGGCGUGCCGCUGGGUUCUGUGCUUGGUCCCGGUGUUGUUGUUGUCGUUGUUGUUCGCUCAAUCACUUUUUAUUUUCGUCUUCCCUCAUUUCGGCUUUUAUUUCUCAGUGCUGGUGUAAAUACAUUUAAUACACAUUGUGCACUGUAUCUUUGCACACACUUGGGCUAUUGUACAUUUGGAGACCCUUAAAGCUUUGCUUUCAUGACGAUUCAUCCCCCCGGCCCCCAUUUCUGUUAUUGGGAAACUCCCAACUCUGCGGCGGUGAUCAUGUGGGGAGGUGUUUUAUGUAUGAGAGGUUUCGGACAUAUCCUUUGCAUGUGCUAAACUGCAGUAUAGUUCAUUUCUUUUAGUGGGUUUUAGUUUUGUAAGCUUUUCUCCUUUUCUUUUAAAGCAAAAAAAAAAACCUACUGUAAUGUUUCUGUGACCCUUUUUUUGGCCCCAAACAGACGAGCAAUUCAACACCGUUUGGCACAUUGCAGAAUUUAAAAUGUGUUGGAAAGACGGACGCUACUCAAACUACUUGUAGUGCAAAUACUGAGUCCGUCUUGACCUGUAGAUAUUCAUGUUGGGUGUUGAGCAACAUGCAUCACAUGUACGUAUGUGUGUGUGUGUGUGGCAGACUGUGCCGUGCCUUCAUCCUCAAGCACGUACAGAUACUGGUCUGAAAGCGCUGUAGGUUUACCAUCCUUUUGUUUCUUAAUUUUAGUUGACUGUAGAGCUGUCUUUGUUUCGCAUAACCUCUUGAUGGCUAUAUUAUGUUUUAUUCUCAUCCCGCCCUCCCCAACAGCAUUCCUUGUUUGCAAAUAUGUAGUUUCAGAAGAAGAAAAAAAUAGAUGGUAUACCUAUCCUGUUGGACAUAGACUACAGGCUCUGUACCUAUUCAAAUAAAUAUUCAAAUGUGUCACA